GUAAUGUACAGAAAUAUGAUCACACACAAAGAAAGACCCGUUGGAAAGACAGUAAAUCACCAAGAUCAAGAGCAGCAGGGGAAGAGGGGGAGGAAGGAAAGUGUGGGUGGUGUUAGUGUUAGUGACAGGAAAACACUGCACAUUGUUGGCUGUCAUCAAUAUGUGAGCCCUUCAGUGUCUGAGUGGCUAAUACCUGUGAAUCUCAAAGUGAAAGCAUCCCCCACACACCAGAAGUGCCUUCUUAAUGGUGUACUAAAACCCAACAUGGAUGCCACAGAAGGUACAUCUUCCAAGGGGGGCAUCCCUCUCCUGUAUCCCUCCACACCCUAUGCCUUGCAUCCAGGCCUGUACAUGUACCCACCAAACCCAAUGCCUUAUGUUAUACCACCACCACCAGUGCCACCACCACCACCACCACCACCAGUGUGCCUACCUCCACAUGCUGCAAUGAAGGGGCAUGAUUUGUACUUCUCAGGACAGCAUGGUGCACCAAGAGGACCUGGCAUGGGGAGUGUCAGGGGGCCCUGGUCUUAUCAGGGCCAGCCACUAGUGGAGGGAACACUUGAUCAUGGGCCUUACAUGAUGCCUCCCAUGCCAGCACUCUUCCUAGGCACACCAUACUCCUAUUAUCCUCCUCACUAUGCCCCACCUGUUCCUCAGCAUCCCAUGCACCAAAGAGAGACCAUACCAAGAAGUAAGAUUAUCUCCAUUGAGGAUGUCACCGACACUGAGACAGAAGAGGAAAGUAAUAACAAGUCAAGUGAUGGUAACAUUUCUCUAUCACUGGAUAACAAGUUACAGUGUGAUGAAGAUGGAAGCAAAACAAAUGAACCAAAUUGCUUAAAAGAUAAGGAUUCAAGAUAUAAAAAGAAAAUAUUUCAAGAAAAUGUAAAUGAAAAGAAAGACUUAACAGAGUCAACUCAUGAGAAAAAGAAUCUCUCUUCAGCAAAGCUUACAAAUGUUGCAUCUAAGGAGACAGCCAAGUCAGUCAGUACUAGGAAUAAAACUGUACUGAGUGAUUGUGGAACUUAUAAAAAGAAAGAAAGAAAGGAAAAUAAUGAUAAAGUUUUCACAACUAGGGACAAGGCAAGAAAUUUAUAUGGCUUUGGUUUGUAUGAAGAGACAGAUGAGGAUGACAAAGGACCUACCUCUGGUAAGUCCCAGACCACAGAGAAAAUGAGGGAGCAUUUAAGAUUGAAGGAUAGCAGAACACAUCAGAUGCAGGUUAAAGGAGUCAUAACAGAGGUUCACUGCAGCAUGGGUAAGCUACGGCUGCAGAGUGGCAAGGAGUACUAUUUCUCCCCUAACCUAUGCUUCCUCUAUGGCGUUAGUCUGGCUGACUUGGAACUGUGGCAUGUAUUGAUAGAAGGACAGCAAGUGAAAGUCACACUAAAUGAUAUCAACUCGGAGCUCCCCAAAGUUACUCGGAUCACAGUAGAAGAAGAGGACUGUGAUUCUGACCCAGAUGCCACAACCCUCAACAUCCAGCAGUGGUGCUCAAGCAAUUGUGUCCCAGAGGAAGCUACAGUGAAACUGAUCCAGCAGGUGAAGGGCCUCCACUGAAGUCUAGAGUGGACCUUCAGGGUGGUGGUGAUGGUGGUGCAUACCAGGAUGGAUUAGGAAGUAGUGUCGUGGUGGAUAUUGUGUUUGCUUUGUUUGGUUUUACUCUAGUGUUGUUGUUUGGAAAGUGUGACAAUGGAACAAUUAUGAAUCAUCUCUACCAUCAACAAUGGUCGUUUUGAUGAUCAUUAUUAAUGUGUGUUAUUGCUACUAUCAUCAUGUUGAUUUUUUUUCUCAUUCAAUUUUUGUCACUGUAAAGCAAGUCUACAUUUAUAACACAGGAAGAUGAGGUAUACGGUACAAUACUAUAUAAAAAUGUUUGACGAAUUAUGACAAUGUAAAUUUAGCUGGCUCAUAAUUUCUAGUUUAAUUCAAGUUAGCUGUUCUUUUUUGCCUUUGAAGGUUUUUACAAGUCAGGUGCUUAGGGCACCACUUACAAGGUGGCUCUUAAAAUUAAAGGAAAUAGCAGAACUGAGCAAGUCAACCAAUUUAGUUUUUGAAGCAUCUUGUACUCACCAUUUUAAAUCAUUCAUGUUCUAGGCAGGAAGAAAUACAGAAACAAGAGCAGAGUUUCUGAAUUUACCAGUAAAGGGGAUGAAUGAGAGUAAGUAGAUAGUCUUGUGUAGCAAAACUGUAGGAAGGUGUGCAGUUAGGAAGUUCAGAAGAGCAGUAACCAUCAAAAUAACAGUAUUAGACAUUUAAGAGAUACAACACUGGCAGUGAUUGGGAAAAUUAAGGCAGUGUCUUAGAGAAGUUGAAUUAAUGAAAUUGUGAGCUUUGGACUUAGGACUGAUAUUGUAUCAAGGAUAACAGUAUAACAAUGAGCAAAAUGUUUAAUCCACAGCAAUACCUUAGGAAAAGCUGGCCCACUCCAAGGAUUUAUCAAGACAGCAUACAUAUGUAUAAUUUCAGUGUGAUACGACACAAUAGUGGUGCUGGCUUGGAAGAUAAAUGCAAAUCAGCCUUCAUUGUCCAUAAAAAAACAAGUGAAAUCUAACCAAGUUUCCUCUCAGGUGUACAGUAUAUUUGGAGUGCACAGAUUAUUACAUUCUUUUAAGAAAACUUAUGUACAAAUUUGCAUUUUUACAUUAAAGUGAAAGCUUGA